CCUAGAAAAGCGAAGCCCCCCCAAACAUCCCUCCUCUCCUCUGCCUCUCGCAGAGUCACCAAUCUCACUCCCCCACCCAACCAAAAGCCAAAACGCACACCGCCACGGCGAGCUAUGGACGCCGGCGCGCUCCAGCUCGCCGCCGCCGCCGUUGCCAUCGUCGUCUUCGCCGCGUUGGUAUGCAGAUGGUUCCUUGUGGCGUGCGCGGUCGGGGUCCGGAAGCAGAGACCGCGGCUCCCGCCGGGCAGCACGGGGCUGCCCCUGAUCGGCGAGACGCUGCGGCUGAUCUCUGCAUACAAGACGCCCAACCCGGAGCCCUUCAUUGACGAGCGCGUGGCGCGGCACGGGGGCGUCUUCACCACCCACAUCUUCGGCGAGCGCACCGUCUUCUCCGCCGACCCGGCCUUCAACCGCCUCCUCCUCGCCGCCGAGGGCCGCGCCGUGAGCUGCAGCUACCCUUCCUCCAUCACCACGCUCCUCGGCGCGCACUCCCUGCUCCUCAAACGGGGCACCGCCCACAAGCGCCUCCACUCGCUCACCCUCACCCGCCUCGGGCGCCCCGCCUCGCAGCCCCUGCUCGCGCACAUCGAGCGCCUCGUGCUCGCCACCAUGCGCCAGUGGGAGCCCACCGCCACCGUGCGUCUCCUCGACGAGGCAAAGAAGAUCACCUUCAACCUCACCGUCAAGCAGCUCGUCAGCAUCGAGCCCGGGCCAUGGACCGAGAGCCUCCGCCGCGAAUACGUCAAGCUCAUCGAUGGCUUCUUCUCCAUCCCCUUCCCUUUCGCCUCAUUCCUCCCCUUCACCACCUACGGCCAGGCCCUCAAGUCGAGGAAGAAGGUGGCCGGAGCGUUGAGGGAGGUGAUAAGGAAGAGGAUGGAGGAGAGAGGAGAGGAGAAUGGGGUCAAGGAGGAGAUGGACGGAAAGAGGGAGAAGAAGGACAUGGUGGAGGAGCUUCUUGAGGCGGAGGGUGGGAGCUUCUCGGAGGAGGAGAUGGUGGACUUCUGCCUGUCCCUGCUUGUUGCUGGGUACGAGACCACCUCCGUCCUCAUGACGGUGGCCGUCAAGUUCCUCACCGAGACGCCGGCGGCGCUGGCACAGCUCAAGGAAGAGCAUGAAAAUAUGACAAAGAUGAAAGGUGAAAAUCAACCCCUAGAGUGGGUCGAUUACAAGUCAAUGACCUUCACCCAAAGUGUGAUCAAUGAGACACUUCGUGUGGCUAACAUAAUCGGUGGGGUAUUCAGGCGAGCAAACACUGAUAUUCAUUUUAAAGGUUACACUAUCCCGAAGGGCUGCAAAAUAUUUGCUUCGUUCCGAGCUGUGCACCUCAACAAUGAACACUAUGAGAAUGCCCGGACGUUUGAUCCAUGGAGAUGGCAGAGCAACAACAAACUUCAGAACGAGGUAGGGGCCAACUUAUUUACUCCCUUUGGCGGUGGACCUCGGUUGUGCCCUGGCUACGAGCUCGCUCGGGUUGUCAUCUCUGUUUUCCUCCAUCAUCUUGUACUGCGCUUUAGCUGGGAAGCGGCUGAGGAAGAUAGGCUCGUCUUCUUCCCCACCACUCGAACCCUCAAAGGAUAUCCGAUCAAUCUCAGGCGGCGAUCGGAGUCUGUUUGACGACCUCACAUUGGUCUUGGGCUGCUCUAUCUUGAAAGCGAAAUUAAACAUAGAUGAAGGAAGAGAAAGGAAAUCGGGUAAAAUAGCUAGUAGUCUACUUUUGUUCCUUUGUGUGUAUCAUUUGUAACCUGGUAUUUACACAACAGCAAAGUUGUGCUGCUUGUAAAAUGUGUGGCCUGAACAGUUGGUGUGUACCGGUUACAAGUGACAUUUUGUCGCGUUCCCUAUUUGGAUAUAUCCCAAACUUAUGAGGAUGCGUCGUACUAUUAUCA